ACUAAUAUUACCUCCGAUAUGGAAGUAACUGGUCAAUUUUCUGUGGAUGGACAUCAUGUCACAGUACAUUUUACACGUGAACAUUUAAGCUGGAGACAAUCAACUGUUAAAAAAGAAGUUUUAGUGGCGGCAGACAAUAUCCUUUCUUGUGCAACGAGAAUUGAUGUUACUGGCUUUGAAGUCAUUUAUGCCGCUAAGUCAAAUAAUUGUAAACUGAGAGAGACAAGCGUUGUAUUCACCGGUCCUCCAGAACAGGUUCGGAGGUUUGCCGAGAUUAUUCAGCGGUAUCUCACAGAGAGCAAGCGGCCCCGGAGACUUCUAAUACUGAUCAACCCCAAGAGCGGUAAGCAGAAGGGCUGUAGAGACUAUGUAAACAAGGUGUUGCCUAUACUAGAGCGGUGCGGGGUACAGGCGGACGCAAUUGUGACAACAAAGAAAGGUCACCCGACAGAGAUUCUCAGCGAAUACGAUAUGGAAAGUAUUGACGGAAUUGUUGCGAUGGGCGGAGAUGGUUUCUACUGUGAAUGUCUGAAUGCCCUGUUAGUCCGAACUCAGACAGAUUUUGGAGUUGACAUCAACGACAGCACAGCGGAGUUAGUUUCUCCCGCUAUUCCUAUCGGAAUACUCCCCGCAGGAACAGGGGAUUAUGUGAUGCAAUACUUACACGGAACAAGAUGCCUCGUCACGGCAGUCUUGAGAAUUUUAAUGGGCAAAUCCGUCAAAACGAACUCGGCAAGCGUUCACGAAGAAAACCGAUGUUUAGCUCAUUCCAGUCUCGUUUUAGGAUUCGGUCUGUUUGGGGACAUGAUGCACAACUGUGAAAAGUACCGCUGGAUGGGAUCGAACAGAUACAACAUCGUCCCAAUUGCCUCGGUUCUCCGGAGACGGACAGUGGACGUUGAAGUGGAAUACCUUCCUGCCAAGACGUCAAAGUCGGAACUGUGUACAAAGGCACAAACAUUCAGGCGUCAAAUUUCAUUACCAGCUGGAGGAAGCAAAGUGUCGGCGAUGCCUCGUAUGAGAAGACAAUCUUCCGUACCAGACAUCCUCUCCAACAACCAAAACGAAUGGCAAAAGACAACAGGUCGUGUGUACGCAGUAGACACCCAUCCAAUAGUGAUGGCGGCCAAAGAUGGGCGCAUGCGCCCUUGCUUUGGUGCUGACACCUUAACCAUGACCAUCACGGACAAGUGCAACAUAUCUAAACAUCUACAGCAGUUGUCACUGGUCAACGACGAAAAACCAGAUUGUUACAAUUUUGAGUUCGUCAGACAAAUGAAGGUGGAGGCCUUCAGAGUUCGUCUCUCCAACACGCCUGUCCAGACAACGGAAUCAGGACGAAAGGAACUGGAGAAGAAUUUCUUCAUCAACUGUGACGGAGAAGCGAUCCGUUUAGCCACUCCACAGUUUGAAGUGAGGUUCCACAGAAACAUAGUGUCACUGUUUGGAUCACCACCAACAUGAAUGGCCUGUAGACAUGGGUGAACGCCCAUGGGUAUGUUGUUAAAAAAGUGCCCUGUCACUUGAAUUGGAUGCCAUCAGCGUCCGGAUCUACCUUCCAGUCAAGACCCGUUUGUGGCUAAGGGAAGAAACCGUGCCUUCCGAACCAAUGAACACUGACUGUAUCUUUGAGAGUCGACACCAGAAACGUUGUAUACAAGACCUGGUGAACCAUCUCUCGCAGAAGCUUAGAUCGCCAUGGAGUACGUGUACUGCAAACAUGCGUUUUCGUGCAACUGUUGUCAUGGAUACCCAUUUAAUAAAUAAUGUUGUUGAUGUUAUUAAAAUGUUUAAAUCUAUAAA